UCUCCACACACUCCAAAUAGCUGUGAUGGAGGUGACCCCGAACCACACACAGGCGGUGAGCGGGUGGGCGGCCAUGGACGCGUCCGGCAAGGUGGUGCCCUUCUCCUUCAAGCGGCGUGAGACCGGCGUGGACGACGUCACGAUCAAGGUGCGGUACUGCGGGAUGUGCCACACGGACCUCCACUUCAUCAACAACGACUGGGGCAUCACCAUGUACCCCCUCGUCCCCGGCCACGAGAUCACCGGCGUCGUCACCAAGGUCGGCACCAACGUGUCCGGCUUUCGGCCGGGCGACCGCGUCGGCGUGGGCUGCAUCGCCGCGUCGUGCCUCGACUGCGAUCACUGCCGCCGCUCUGAGGAGAACUACUGCGACAAGGUCACCCUCACCUACAACGGCAUCUUCUGGGACGGCAGCGUCACCUACGGCGGCUACUCUGACAUGCUCGUCGCGCACAAGAGGUUCCUCGUCAAAAUCCCCGACAGCCUGCCGCUCGACGCCGCCGCGCCGCUGCUGUGCGCCGGGAUCACCGUGUACAGCCCGAUGAAGCAGCACGGGAUGCUUCUUGGCGAGGCUGGGAGGAGGCUCGGGGUUGUCGGGCUGGGCGGGCUCGGACACGUCGCCGUUAAGUUCGGCAAGGCUUUCGGGCUCCGUGUCACCGUCAUCAGCACGUCGCCGGCCAAGGAGCGCGAGGCCAGGGAGAGCCUCAAGGCCGACGAUUUCGUUCUCAGCACGGAUGACAAGCAGAUGCAGGCUAUGGCGAGGAGCCUCGACUACGUCAUCGACACGGUCUCGGCGCAGCAUUCGCUGGGACCCAUCCUGGAGCUGCUCAAGGUGAACGGGAAGCUGGUGCUCGUCGCUGCCCCCGACAAGCCCGUCGAGCUGCCAUCGUUCCCGCUUAUCUUUGGGAAGAGGACGGUGAGUGGGAGCAUGACGGGAGGCAUGAAGGAGACGCAGGAGAUGAUGGACCUUUGCGGGAAACACAACAUCACCUGCGACAUUGAGCUUGUCUCCACUGAUAGGAUCAACGAGGCCCUGGCACGGCUAGCGCGCAACGACGUCCGCUACCGAUUCGUGGUCGAUAUUGGAGGGAACGGCUCCAAGCUCUAGUUAUUUUUGCUGCUGCCCUGCUGCUCUCUUGGUUCAUUUCAGUACAUGUGAGAACAAAUGUAACUUGUUUGUGAGAGGGGCGUUUUGGC